AUGAUCAAAUUCACAAAUAUUCAGCCCAGGGACGAGAAACCGGAAAUUGGGAAUAGUCUGGCUAUCAAGCGCAACCAGCGUCAGAACUGGGAUCUGAUUGUGCUUCCAAGAAUAUCAACCGCAGGUGACAAGUGGGACAUAGAGACCCUGAUGUCGUACAUUCGCCACAUAGUGCUGAUAAAUAGAAUUUCAUUAAAGCCAUUUUUUGAGGAUUUCGACCAGCUUCGUAGUGGCCGGAUAACGCGAACUCAGUUCUACCGUUGCCUGGCUAAAGCCGGACUCUCUCGAAUUGAAUUGCAUCCACUAUCACCUGCUCAGAUGGAGCUGCUUUAUGCCAAAGGCCCAGCAAUAAUAUGA